GGAAUUGUAGUCCAAGGUUCUGGCCGUCCGAGGAUUUUAGCUGCCGUCUGAGGUCCCAGGGAGGAUGGAUCCCGGGGCGGAUGCGGAGCCUCUUGCGGGCCUGGUCUGGUCGUCAGCCUUGACGCCACCGCCGCCGGGUUUCAGUGCGAUCACCUCUACCGUGGAGGGCGCGACCGCCAGCUUCGGCCGCGGCUUCGCGCAGAAGGCCGGCUACUUCCUGUGCCUGAGCCCACUGGGCAGCCUGAAGAACCCUCUGGACAGUGUGGUAGUGGACAUGCAGAUCGUGAUGGACAAGGGUCCCCUGCCGUCUGGCUUUUCUACCGUCAACGACUCUCUAGACGCCAAGGCCUCUGUGUCCAGGAAGAAACGCAUGUGUGUGAAGCUGAUGCCCCUGGGGGCUGCCGACAUGGUUGUGUGUGACGUGAAGCUGAGUGGGAAGACCAAGACAGUGCCCGGAUACCUGCGAGUGGGGGACAUGGGUGGUUUUGCCAUCUGGUGCAAGAAAUCCAAGGCCCCAAGGCCAGUGCCCAAGCCACGCACUGUCAGCCAGGAUAUGCAGGGCCUGUCGCUGGACCCACCCAGACAGCCCAGCAAAAGCAGCCAUCCUGAGCGGACACUGUCCAGACUAGGCUCCCGAGCGUCCACUCUGCGGAGGAAUGACUCCAUCUAUGAGGCGUCCAGUCUCUACGGCAUCUCAGCCAUGGAUGGGGUUCCCUUUACACUGCACCCCCGAUUCGAGGGCAAGAGCUGCGGGCCUCUGAACUUGUCUGCUUUUGGGGACCUGACCAUUAAAUCACUGGCAGACAUUGAGAAGGAGUAUAACUAUGGCUUCGUGGUGGAGAAGACAGCAGCUGCGCGCCUACCCCCCAGCGUCUCAUAGUCCCUGAUUCUGGUGCUCACUGCCUGCCACCUGCCCCACAAGCAUUGCUGGCUGACACCCAGCCUUGCAGCGCAGCGGCUGUUUGGAGACAGGGUCUCCUGCCUGGAGAUGCAGGGGCGACCUGGACGGCAUUUUCUCUUCACUUGUCAAGUCUUGUGUUUGGAGACUGCACAUGCGCCAACACUAAACAGUUCCUGAUACCCGC